GUCCGCACAACUUAGGGUUUGCUCAUACAUAUAUGCAGUUUUUUUUUCUAAUGUUUACUAGUACUUAUCUAAUAGCGGAUAUACACACAUAAAUAUAAAUAUAGUUUUUUCGUGUGCUUUAAGAAAUGGAAUUUCGAUAGUUGGUUUUUAGUGCGAUGUUUUUGACUCGGCUAGUUUGUGGGAAAUAAAUUAGUUUGAGGAAGUGGUUUUUUAUCCUGACUCUUAUAGGGUGACGACUUCAGAACGGCAUAUUGUUGCCGGCAACAGCAAGACAUAGACAAUUAUUGAAUUCGUUCGCUUAUUUUAGUGCAGUGUAGUGACUCAAAGUGCAGUGAAUUUUCGAAAAUGUCGGGUUUCGUGAAAAUCGCUAUCGACGAUUACUAUUCGGACAGCAAUUGGACCACCAUUAUUGAAAAAUACUGGUUGGCGGCCGAAAAAGUGUCAGAUCCUCGGGUCCAAGGAUGGUUCCUCUUCGACACGCCGCUCCCGACCCUGGCCAUGGUCAUAGCGUACCUGGCCGUAGUAAUGGUCAUCGGCCCCCUAUGGAUGGAGAACAAGAAGCCGUUUAAGCUCAAGAACACCUUGGUGGCGUAUAAUGCGUUCCAGGUUCUGCUGUCGUCUUACAUGUUUUAUGAGCACCUAAUGUCAGGAUGGUGGGGUGACUACAGUCUGGCGUGCCAGCCAGUUGACUACAGCGAGAGCGAACAGGCGAGACGGAUGCUGCAUCUAUGCUGGGUGUACUACUUCUCCAAACUGUCCGAGUUCGCGGACACGAUAUUCUUCGUGCUGCGGAAGAAGAAGGGACAAGUCUCGUGGCUCCAUCUGUACCACCACUCCCUCACCCCUUUCGAGGCGUGGGUGCUCGUCAAAUUCAUCGCUGGUGGCCACGGCACGUUCUCCAAUAUCGUCAACAACAUGGUCCACGUCAUCAUGUAUGCUUACUAUAUGUUCUCCGCGAUGGGACCACACAUGCAGAAAUAUCUCUGGUGGAAGAAGCAUCUCACCACCGUUCAGCUGAUCCAAUUCUACAUGGUACUGUUCCACUCAAUCAGCGCUCUCUUCUUCGACUGUGGAUAUCCAAGGAUCAUCGCCUUCGGCCUCGUGCUUCACUCCACCAUCUUCAUCGUCCUCUUCACCAACUUCUACAUCCAAGCCUACAAGAAGAAGCCCAAACCACCCACCAACAACAACACCAUCACCAACGGAUACGCCAGGAACGGCCACAUACCCAAUGGCCAAGAAUCCACCCAAGAAAUCAAUGGCAAGAUUCCCAACGGCCAAGAAAUGAACGGCAAAGUUCCAAAUGGACUCGAGAAUGGAAAAAUCUCAAAUGGUAACGGUCACAUCAAAAACGGAUGCCUAAAUGGUGAUGUCAGAGGAAAAGAAAAGGUGCAAUAAGACUUUACCAGGCCCAAUGAUCGUGUUUUUAUCUGCAGCUUAUGCGGCUUUAUCCACUGCGAUAAAUGAUAAAAACGCCAUCAUUCACAGCCACCCAGCUUUAGUUCCGUAAGGAGAAUUUCGUGCCCUUGGCUUCAAAAUGUCAACAGUCACGACAUUUUGGAUUAAUUUAUCUUAAUUUAACUGUAUCAGGGCCCUUAUUAAGCUCAUGGUCGUAAGAAUUCCAAAAGAAAGGUCCAAUGCCAAGACCAUUAUAUGCUUAUGAUGAAAUAGAGGUAUAGCAUCGAUAAUCGAAUACUACUCGUAUUUUUGUCAUUAUUAUAAGCGCGGAGUAAAACCAGAUGAUGACGAAUUUUGUAAAUGUAUGUCACCAUUUGAAUGCUGUAUUUACUUUGUGUGAAUACUUGUCUUUCAAAUCUUCAUAUUUUCUUUUACCUAAUAAUUUGUAAUAUACAAUUUGCGGAUCAAAUUCGCUAUCUCGAAAAUAUGAAUAAGUGUUGGGAUGUGUACCGAAAUAUCUCCUUAUAAAUAACUUAUAAAAUUAUGUACCAUAUUUUGUUAUGGUUCCACUGUGAGCUAUGGUUGAUAUUAUUUAAGGUGUAGUAUUGUAAAUAAGUACCUGUAAAUAAAAUACACAGUUUUUGUUCUUCUCCAUCGCUGCAUGAAAUGUAGCGUUCUGUCUGAGAGGGAAAUUUGUUUCUUUAAUAAAUUACCUAUGCUAGUUUCACUAUUAAUUAACUAGCUAUCGUGAUUGUUUGCAACUUCGAUAUAUUGACAAACUUAAAUAUUUAUACGUCAAAAAUCAUAAAAUACCUACAACAUCAACAUCUCCUUAUAUACGUCUUUAUGACUUGCAUAAAAUGAUUUAUGCAAGUUUCACUAUUAAUCAACAAUUCGGAAAGAUAUUGCAAAAACAAAAUUUAAUAUUUAUGUUUUAAACAUCUUAAAAUAGAACAUCAACAUUGCCUCAUAUGCCCCUUUAUGAGACAUAUACAAAAGUGAUUGAGAAGCGGAUAACGAUAUUUCGAUUUUUAUCGAUUGCAGUGCACUUUUCGCACUUUUAGAGCAUGUAAAAUGAUAUUUCUUGUCUAAAUGUGCACUGCUAUUCACCAUCCAAUCAUUUUAUUAAUGCAAGCGCAAAUGAGUCUC